AUGUCGAAACGUCACAGAUUUGAGGACAACCCCGGGGUGAGGCGCCACCUGGUGAAGAAGUCCUCACGAUGUCUGGUGACACGAAACAGCAGCGGCUCCACGCCACUGAGCAGCCUGAAGAAGAAGAGAGCAGCAGAUAAGAAAACACAUGAGCUGUUUGUGGAGCUGAACGAGCUGAUCGUGAAGGACCAUGAAAUGCGUUGGAAGGAGCGCGCCCGCUGGAUCAAGUUUGAGGAGGAUGUGGAGGAGGAGACGGACCGCUGGGGCAAACCUCACGUGGCCUCGCUGUCCUUCCGCAGCUUGCUGGAGCUCCGCCGCACCAUCACACACGGUAAACAGCUCCUGAAGGCACCCAGCGGUUUUAUGGUCUAA